AUGAGCAUCCAACUCUUUCUUAAAAAGAUAACCAGAGAAUUCAAAGUUAGCAAUGGAAUUAUGAAUAUUGAACCAGAAAACUAUGCUUUCUUGGAAUAUUUUCUUGUUGUAUUAUGUCUGGGAAGACUUCGAGGUGGCCUUGAUGAGAGCAGUCGACGGAAUGCUUUUUGUCCAUCAGGUUUUCACCCUGAUGGUUCAUGCUCAUGCGAGUCGUUCUUGAUGACUGAAGAGUCCACUACUCGUGCAAGUAUAUCAAGAAUUGUCAUGCUUGCUGAAGCUUUGUUUGUGUAUUGCAUAAUCUAUGUUCUGCAUAUUCUGGAUGAAAUUCAUCGGCAACCUGUCUGUCUCACUUUCCCUGACUAUGGUCUCAACACUGACAUUGUUGACUCAUUUCCACCUAAGAGUCACAAGAAAGUUGAUGCAGCUGAGGCUAGUGAUGAUGUUAAAGAGUGUUAUAUUUGCCUUGCCGAGUACAAGGAUGGGGACAAAAUUCGAGUUCUUCCUUGCCACCACGAGUAUCACAUGUCAUGUGUGGAUAAGUGGCUUAAAGAGAUACAUGGUGUAUGUCCACUUUGUCGAGGAGAUGUUCAUGACGGUUCCUUGGAGUGUUCUGUAUCCAACUCUGAGAUGCCUUUUGUUUUGACAAAACUUUUUGUAGCAUUUAUGUAG